AUGCACCCCGUCGCCUUCCGCGCACCGGUGGUGCGCCCCUUGGCCGCCGGUAUCCGAUGCUCGGCUAGGGCCUCGCCCUUCCAAUCCUCCAGCAUCGUCUUCCUGUGCCGUCAACAGUCGCGGACAGUGGCCAACCUGCCCAAGGCUGGAGAUAAGGGAGCCACCGCGCUGACACGCCCGACCAUAUCGACCGGUCGCAAGCUGGUGCGCUUGUUGUCGGGCAAGCCGCCUGUCCCUACCAAGUCGCGCCUCGUCAUUGUCGCCUACCGCACCGCCGCCUUCAUCGGUGCCUCUCUGUCCGUUCUUGGUGUCGCCAUUGUCGCCUUCUUCAUCUACGAUGCCUCCACCUAUAAGGAGUAUAGCACGCAAUGCGAUAUUGAGGUGCCUCAGCUUGCUCUCAACCCCAGGAGGGGUGGCCCCAAGAACCUGCCCAUUGCCGAGGCCUUUAUCGACGACAACGACUCCGAAGAGAACCGCAGGCAGGUCCAGAAGCCCCGUCUCGUCGUUCUCGGCGGCGGCUGGGGCAGCGUUGCCCUCCUCAAGGACCUCGACCCCGAUCAGUACCAUGUCACCGUUAUCGCUCCCACCAACUACUUCCUGUUCACCCCCAUGCUCCCUUCGGCCACCGUCGGUACCCUCGAGCUGCGUUCCCUUGUCGAGCCUAUCCGCCGAGUCCUUCGCGGCUGCGGUGGCCACUUCAUCCGCGCCAAGGCCGAAGACGUCGAGUUCUCCGAAAAGCUCGUCGAGGUCUCUCAGGUUGGUAUUGACGGUCAGGAGAAGCGCUUCUACGUCCCCUAUGAUAAGCUCGUUAUCGGCGUCGGCUCCGUGACCAACCCCCACGGCGUCAAGGGUCUUGAGAACGCCUUCUUCCUUAAGAACAUUGACGACGCCCGUGGUAUCCGCAACCGCAUCAUCCGCAACUGUGAACUUGCCUGCCUGCCCACCACCACCGAUGCCGAGAGGAAACGUCUACUGUCCUUUGUCAUCAGCGGUGGCGGUCCCACUGGUGUCGAGUUUGCCGCCGAACUGUACGAUCUCCUGAACGAAGACCUGUCGCACUACUUCCCCCGCCUGCUACGCAACGAGAUCUCGGUCCACAUCAUCCAAAGCCGCAGCCACAUCCUCAACACGUACGAUGAGGCCGUGUCCAAGUACGCCGAGGAGCGCUUCUCGCGUGACCAGGUCGAGGUCCUGACAAACUCGCGAGUUAAGGAGGUGCUGCCCGACAAGAUCAUCUUUAGCCAGAAGCAGGCGGACGGAUCCGUCGUCACCAAGGAGCUCCCUACCGGAUUUUGCCUCUGGUCUACAGGCGUGGCCCCCACGACGUUGAGCAAGAAGCUGUCGGACAAGCUCGGCUCUUACCAGACCAACCGCCACGCCCUCGAGACCGACACGCACCUGCGCCUCAACGGUGCUCCCCUGGGUGAUGUCUACGCCAUUGGCGACUGCUCGACGGUGCAGAACAAUAUUGCCGACCACAUCAUCACCUUCCUGCGCACCAUUUCGUGGCGUCGUGGCAACGACCCGGAGACGGUCAAGCUGCACUUUAGCGACUGGUGCCAGAUGGCCCACGAGGUGCGCAAGCGCUUCCCCCAGGCCUCGGACCAUCUCAAACGCCUCGACAAGCUCUUCUACGAGUUCGACAAGGAUCAGGACGGCGCCCUCGACUACGGCGAGCUGCGCGAGCUCCUCAAGCAGAUCGACAGCAAGCUGACGUCGCUGCCCGCCACCGCCCAGCGCGCCCACCAGCAGGGCCGCUACCUCGCCCACAAGUUCAACAAGGUCGCCCGCCUGUCAGCCGGCCUGGCCCUCAACGACGUCCGCGACGGUGACCUCGACGCGGCCGCCUAUAGUGCCUUUGAGUACAAGCACCUCGGCAGCCUGGCCUACAUUGGAAACUCGGCCGUCUUUGAUCUGGGUGAGGGCUGGAACUUGGCCGGUGGCCUGUGGGCCGUAUACACCUGGCGAUCCGUCUACUUUGCUCAGAGCGUCAGUCUGCGUACUCGUAGUUUGAUGGCGAUGGACUGGGCUAAGCGAGCAUGUUUCGGUCGGGAUCUCAUGAGCUUCUAA